AUGGAUAUUAGUUCGGAAGAGUUUCAAGAUGUUUUAGCUAAUACUAAUGGUGUGAUCAAUGUUAAAACACCUAAUAAGUCUGAAUAUGUCAUUAAAACUUGUGAUGUAACGCCUAUGUCGGAUUAUACAUCCAUGUCGACUCCGGAAAGGAAUAAGGAAUUGGAUAAAUAUGGGUUGAAGCCCUUUAAAAGAAAAAGAGCUAUAAAAAUUCUCACGCACCUCUACAAUCAAAUGCAUCCUACAGUACAACAACUAGUCGACGAAGACCAGCCAUCUUGUAAAAAACCAAGACUGACAUUAACACAAGAUUCUUCGCCAAAAGAACUUGCUAAAUCACCUUCAAAAUCAACCCAAAUUCGACCUAAAUCGUCCCCGUUGAAGAUCCAAAAUGGUUUAGCACACUCUUCACAUACAAAUAGUAGUGAGUUAGAAAGAAAUAGAUGUAUAUCUCCUACUUCUAACGACCAGAAAAGUUCAGAAGUGUGUGCUUAUGAAGUCAGUAGUGAACUUGCGAUAGUGAAGGCUACUGACUGCAGUCCAGAUGACUGGGUGUUUCAGAAAAGGGAGAAGGCUAAGGUACAUUCCUGCCGGGUACCGUUACAUAUAGCGUUCCACAACUAUGUACUAAGUCGUCGUUCUCUAAGAGAGGCCAUACUCAGGUAUGAGCCAGUGAACAUCGACGUCAUACACAGGGAUUUGGUCGGGUACGGACAUCGGUAUGAUCCUAAGGAGCUGCUGAAAUUCCUUGACAAGAGGUGCAUUACAGUUAAAACAACGGAUAACAAUGCUCGAAAUAAUAGAAGGUGUCCAUGGGCGACGCCGAUUGCUUACCAUCAGGUGAUCCGUAAGCUCGUUUAG